AUGAAAAAUCAACAAUUCAACCCUAGGGUUUCUAUGAUCAUCAAUCAAAGAAACCUACAAUCUCAAAAUUCUUUUAAACAAUGACGAGCAUGCGAAACAAUCCACACCAUUUUUGCCAUAGCAGGGCUUAUUCUGGCAGGAAUUGACUACGAAAUAAAUUAUUCUUCUUUUCGACCACAGGGUGGGUUUUUGCCUUAUCUGGGCACCAUGACAGGCUUUUUUAUCCUCAUCAAAGACGAUAAGAUCGAAAACGAAAAGCUGGCUCGCACUUUUGGGAAGCAAUAUGGGCCUGCUAAAGGCAAGUUAGUCUAGAAGUAAGCAUGUCGAACGCUUAUCCCGUACUCUGAGCACUACCGAGGGUAAGUCAUCCAUUCCAUACUGCAGAGCUAGUACCAAACGUGAUCUUGUGAGUAUCCCUGAGAGGUUGGUGACAUCGACAAAAAGGGCCUGGUGAAUGAUACCAGUGCUUAGGGCCAUCUCUGCCUGAAGCCGGCUUGGCUUGAGAGGGGCUGAAAUAAUCCCUAGUAACCCGCUAUAAUUUAACUAAUCUAAUCUUUUCGAACAGCAUCAAAUUGCCUAGAAAACAGCACAGCUGAUGAAUUUUUUAGGCUCAUCAUUACAUUUGCUACAUUGGUGUCUAUUUUCUUUUUAUUGCUCAGGUAUUUCAUUAAAAAUAGCUGAGAGGAAGACCUUGAGUAUGAAAAACAUAACCUUCCAAUCAGACAAUCACAGAUUCUAAUUGAUGAAGAAGAUGAAUGAAAUAAAAAGCAAAAUUUUAAAUUUCCAGGAAUUUUGUGCCUGGAAAUCUUAUUAUUAUUAGUUUUUCCAUACCCAAAUGUUUAUUGGAAAUUUUAUGUUCCAUUGAGGUAUAAUUUUGAGACUUAUCAAACUUGUUAUACACUGCUUGAAGUGACUUAUUUUAUUAUGCAUUUUCGAUGCAUUUUUUUACUUCGAGCACUCGCAAACUAUUCUCCUUAUGAAAAUUAUUUAGCCAGGCUUUAUUGCAAAAAGCAUAAUGUUAGCCCUGAUAUUAAUUUUUCUUUUAAAUGUAAACCAUUAAAAGAGACUUUUUUAGGCAUUUAAUAAUUAAUACCUAAUAUUUUAUAGAAUAAGACGUUUUCUGCAUAUCAUUUUUAUUAAAAAUCAGCUUAAAAAGAAUAUUUUUAGAAAAGCUCCAAUUAUUUGGACUAUCAUUGCAAUCCAAAUUCCAACGAUUUUUUUGCUUGGAACAACUCUUAGGGUGAUUGAAAGGCCACUUUCUAAUAUAACAGAGCAAGAUUUUGCUAACCCAUGAACUGCAUGGUACUUAAUUUUCUGUAUGAUGGCAAUUCUUGGUUUUGGGCCUGUUUGGCCGUUUACUGUUUAUGGGAGGUUUAUUGGCUGUAUUCUUGGCUACGCAAUAGGGAGGUUUGGGUUUACUAUGCUCUUUUAUAAGUCAGAAAAGUCUAUAGUGUUUGAUGAAAAGCAGCAUCAAGCUUUUAUAAGUAUUUUAGGCACAUCUGCUGCUGCCACUGUGAUACAGAAUGGAAUGAGAUAUAUGAUAUCAAGGAAAAAAAGAGGGCCUGAGCAUCCAAUGACUGUUGAUUACUUUUGGAAAUUAAAGACCGCGAUAUUGGAGUUUAAAGAUAAAAAAGAUGAAGUAAGGGUCCUUGAUAAUACACAGGAUAAAAUCGCAAGGGAUUUAAGACAGUCUAUUAAAAAUAUUGAUGCUAAAUUGGAUAUACCUUAAUAAAUUGUAUCAAAAAUUUAUUAAAUAUUUUAAAUGUGAAAUAGGAUUUAGGUAUGAGAUACUAUUAUAGAGAGAUGGUAUAGAUCAAUUAAGCAAGCAGAGAAGUUAUUAAGAGCGCCUAUUGAAAAGAAAAUUGCGCCUGAUUCUUAG